AUGGAUAAAUGUAAGGUUGCGUUUAUUAUUCUAGUGUUAAACGUUUUUGUAUCAGUUGAAACUUCAGGUGUUACUGUUUAUCCUGGAGAUACAUUACCUCAUCAUGGUCGUUGCGAGCCUAUUACUAUUCAGUUUUGUACACAAAUACGAUAUAAUCAAACGAUAUUUCCCAACUUACUAAAUCACGCUAAACAAGAAGAUGCGGGGCCAGAAGUACACCAGUUUACACCUUUGAUAAAAGUUAACUGUUCACCAGAUCUAAAAUUCUUUUUGUGUUCAGUUUACGCCCCCGUGUGCACAAUAUUAGACACAGCCAUACCUCCUUGUCGACAUUUAUGUGAAUCUGCAAAACAAAAUUGUGAUGAGAUUAUGAUAACAUUUGGAUUUCAUUGGCCUGAGUACUUGGAGUGCACCAAAUUUCCUGUGGCUACUGACGAAAACGUGAUAUGUGUUGGUGAUAACAAUAUAACUCAUGAGUCUAGAAGACAUACUGAAACAAAACUUCCUAAAGUGAACUUCAAAAAUAAUAACGAGAGAGACCCAACCAAACUACAUGGAGCAAAAGACUAUGGAUUUGUGUGUCCUGUACAAUUUAAAGUCCCCAAGAACUUGGAUUUAGAAUACUCACUGAAGGUUGGAGAUAAAACAGAAUAUGAUUGUGGGGCACCUUGCACUGGUAUGUUUUUCAGUGAAGAUGAGAAAAAGUUUGCUCGAUUAUGGAUUGGCAUAUGGGCAACAUUAUGUACUGUAAGCUGUCUGUUCACUGUUUUGACUUUUCUAAUAGACACAGAUCGAUUUAGAUAUCCAGAAAGACCUAUAAUUUUCCUAUCUGUAUGUUAUCUCAUGGUGGCUGCAGCAUAUGUUAUGGGUUGGAGUGCAGGUGACAGUGUUAGCUGUCAAGGUCCCUUUCCAACAACUAUAAGUGGUGCAAGACUGCCGAACAUAUCUGUAAUUACACAGGGAACAAAACAUGAACCUUGCACUAUUCUCUUCAUGGUGGUAUAUUUCUUCAGUAUGGCUUCAAGUAUUUGGUGGGUGAUCUUAACAUUGACAUGGUUUCUGGCAGCUGGACUUAAGUGGGGCCAUGAAGCAAUUGAAGCAAAUUCUCAGUACUUCCAUCUAGCAGCAUGGGCUGUCCCUGCUAUCAAAACGAUAUCCAUUUUGGCCAUGGGAAAAGUGGAUGGUGAUGUUCUCUCCGGUGUGUGCUAUGUUGGACUUUGGGAUGCAGAGGCACUGCGUGGAUUUGUUUUAGCUCCACUUUGUGUGUAUCUGGUUCUUGGAACUAUCUUCCUGCUUGCAGGCUUUGUUUCAUUAUUCCGAAUUAGAACUGUAAUGAAACAUGAUGGAACAAAAACAGACAAACUUGAGAAAUUAAUGAUUCGUAUUGGUGUCUUUGGUGUAUUAUACACAGUACCAGCAUUAAUAGUGAUUGCUUGUCUUUUCUAUGAACAAGCAAAUUUUGACGACUGGAUGGUAACUUGGCACCGUGACAUGUGUUCUAUACCUUUAUAUUCUAUUCCUUGCCCAUUUACACGGAAAGAAACUGACCGACCAAAAUUUGAAAUGUUCAUGAUAAAGUACUUAAUGACUAUGAUAGUUGGAAUAACUUCCAGUUUUUGGAUUUGGUCUGGAAAAACAUUAGUUUCCUGGCGCCAAUUUUUCGAUAAAAUUAAGGGAAGAAGAGUGGAAGCUUAUGUGUAA